AUGUUUGUACAAUCGAAUUCCAAAAGCGCGGACUACCUCAUGCUCAUAUUCUUCUAUUCUUGAACCCUUCAAGCAAAGCUGAAAGUGCUCUUGAUAUUGAUAAAUUGAUUUCAGCGGAGAUACCUGACAAGGAAACGAAUCCUACGCUAAGAAAUGAUGGGAGAGUUGUGAACAAAAAUGGUGUUGAACUUGAUAAUCGUUAUGUUGUGCCCUAUAAUGCACACCUUCUUUUAAAGUACCAGGCUCAUAUCAACGUUGAAUAUACUUGCCAGAGAAGUGCCAUUAAAUAUCUUUUUAAAUACAUCCACAAAGGGAAUGACAGAGUGGCAACUGCCAUAAAUCAUUCGGACGAUGAAAUAAAAAUGUUUUAUGACUGCAGGUAUAUCUCCGCAUGUGAAGCAGCUUGGAGAAUAUUUGGAUUUGACAUUCAUUCAAGAUAUCCCCCUGUUCAGAUAUUGUCAUUUCACUUGCCUAAUGAAAAGAACAUUAUUUUCAGUGAUAAUGAUUCGUUGUAUGAUGUAAAGACAAGGGCGGAGUCUAGACUGUCAAUUUUUGAGUUUUGGAUGGAUGCAAAUAAAAAAUAUCCAGAAGGUAGGCAUCUAACUUAUGGAGAGUACCCGACUGAAUUUGUUUUCAAAGAAAAAACACAUGAAUGGAAUCCGAGAAAAAAAGGAUUUUCCAUUGGAAGGAUAAAUCGUUUUUCUGCCAAUAAUGGAGAAGAUUCAUAUCUUCGCACCUUGCUUAAUUUUCAAAGAGGUUGCACCAGUUAUGAAGAUCUUAGAACGAUCAAUGGCGUGGUUUUUCCUACAUUUAAGGAUGCGUGCUAUUCUUUAGGACUUCUGGAUGAUGACAAUGAGUACAUUGAUGCAAUUAAGGAGGCAAGUUCAUGGGGAUCUGCUGCUUAUCUUAGAUGCAUGUUUGCUCUGUUGUUAUUUGCCAACUCAAUGAACAGACCUGAAAAAGUUUGGGAAGAGUGUUUGAAAUUUUUAUCCGACGACGUUGUUUAUCGGCAUAGGAAAAUAAUAGGACGUCAAGAUGCAAUUCUUACAGAAGAGUCUAUAAAAAACAUAACUCUUGAAGAAAUUGAUAAGGUACUGCAGAGCAAUGGGAAAUGCCUCUCUGAUUAUCCGUCAAUGCCACACAUCAAUAGUGAAACUUUGCUUGAUAUGAAAAAUCGAUUAGUGUUGGAUGAAUUAAUGCAUGAUAGAUUUGCUUUGGAAGAGGAGCAUAAAAGACUAAUUAAUUCCCUCACUGAUGAGCAGAAAGCUGUUUAUGAUAAAAUUGUUUCAGCAGUUACGUCAGGUAAUAGAGGGUUAUUUUUCCUAUACGGGUUCGGUGGUAUAGGAAAAGCAUUUAUUUGGAAUACUCUUUCAGCAUCUAUUAGAUCAAAAGCUGGAAUCGUACUUAAUGUUGCUUCUAGCGGAAUUGCUUCCCUUCUGCUUCCUGGAGGACGAACAGCGCAUUCUAGAUUUCGUAUUCCUAUUCAAAUCAUGAAGAUUCAACGUUUAAUCAUUUGGGAUGAAGCUCCAAUGGUACAUAGAUUUUGCUUUGAGGCUCUGGAUAGGACACUGAGAGAUGUUCUUAGAAUUUCUGAUACAAGCUGUGUUGAUAUGCCAUUUGGUGGAAAAGUUGUUGUUCUAGGAGGUGACUUUCGGAAAAUAUUACCUGUCAUUCCUCAUGGUAGCAGACAAGAUAUAGUUCAUGCAACCAUCAAUUCUUCUCAUCUAUGGUCCCAUUGUCAUUUAUUAACUUUGACCAAGAACAUGCGUGGGACUUCCUCUGUUGAGGAUGAUGAAAUCACCCCUGAGAUCUUAAAUACGUUAUCAUGCUCAGGGAUUCCUGAUAAUAAAUUAAUCUUGAAAGUUAAAGUUCCAGUAAUGCUAUUAAGAAAUAUUGAUCAGUCGAGAGGUUUAUGCAAUGGCACGAGAUUGCUUAUUACAAAAUUAGGGAAUCAUGUUGUUGAGGUAAUUGUACUUACAGGAAGCAAUAUAGGGGAAACUGUGUUAAUCCCUAGAAUGACGAUGAGCCCAUCGAGUCAUACAUUUCCUGUAAAUUUCCAAAGAAGACAAUUCCCUCUGAUUGUAUCGUUUGCCAUGACUAUCAACAAGAGUCAAGGACAAUCACUUUCACAUGUUGCAAUUUAUCUCCCUAAGCAUGUCUUCACUCAUGGCUUUCAGCCAAUAUUAUUUGAUAUAAGUUUCAUUAUGUAUUCCAAAUAUGAUUUGAUAAAAGAUCUUAGUCCUACUGAGGAAGAGUGGAGGAUUAUGACCAGAGUGGUUAGUACUUGGAAGGUUCCUAAUUUUCAGCAAAAAGAUUUUGACGAGAUGGUUCUAUUAGAUGAAAAGGUUGAGAUUGAGGUUUUUGGUCGUCCAUGGCGUUAA